AUGAAAAACCUGGAGCAGCAGUUUUCCGAGGAUCUAUUGAUCACACAAUCUUCGAACUCGGUAAGAGAAUGUUCAGACCCGAUCCCAUCUGAUCUGCUUAUCGAUAUAUUCUCGAGAGUCACUGCAAAAUCUAUAGCUAGGUUUCGUUGCGUGUCGAAAUACUGGGGAUCUAUACUUGGUCGUCCUGAUUUCACUGAGCUGUUUCUGACUAAGUCUUGGACACGUCCACGGAUCUUGUUCGCUAUCCAAGUGAAUAAUGAGUUUUUCGUAUACUCUUCACCUCAACCUCAGAAUCCAGUUAAGAGAUGUUCCCUUGUAGCCACCCGUUAUAAUUAUUUUCCAAAAUAUUUCCCAUCCGAAAUCUGUCCUCCUCUAAGUGGAUUGGUCUUUCUUCAUGAAACGGGAAGAACGGUGCGGGUGAUUUGUAACCCCGUCACGGGAGAGUCCAUAACCUUACGUAUGCCCACAAUGAAAAGGAGGGAGCUUAUUGAAGAAAGGUGCUAUUUUGGCUAUGAUCCGAUCAGCAAACAGUUCAAAGUGUUGUGUUUGACGUGUGCAUGCUAUGUAAGACCAGCUCCCAAUACUCAUUGGGUUUUGACACUGGGGAAUGAAAAUUGUUUAUGGAGAAGCACCAUGGAAUGCAAACCCCACGAUGCCUUUGGAAAUGGAAUAUGCAUAAAUGGUGUUUUGUACUACAAAGCUGGCUUUAAAAGGUCUUUUAUGAUAGCUUGCUUUGACUUGAGGUUUGAGAAGUUCAGCUUUAUUGAGGUCGAUAGAGAAAUGAUAGAGUUUGAUCAAAAACUGACCAACUACAAAGGUAAAUUAUGUGCACAUCGGUUUAUAAGAGGUUCGAACCAAGACGAACUUGAGUUGUGGGUUCUAGAAGAUAUUGCUGGAGAACAUAAAUGGUCCAAAAGUAUAUGCGUACUUCCUGGUUUAUGCUACGACGAGAUGCCGAACCGUUUUUGCAUAGUUGGAGUGACUGAUGUUGGUGAAAUUGUGUUUUCACGGUCCUUUCAAACAAACCCUACCUUCUACCUUUUUUACUACAAUAUCGAGAGUAACACUUGUACUAGAGUCGAAAUUCAGGGACUUGAAGAGUUUGUUCGUCGUCCUAAACAUGUUUUCCUAGACUAUGCAGAGAAUAUGACACUUAAUUAUGCAAGUGUGUUCAAGGCUUCAUAA